AUGGCUGGAAACCCUCUCCUGCAAUCAGACGAUGUCCAUCUGCUAGGAUUCCGUGGGGCAACAACAAGGACACUUCUACUAUCGAAGGAGAUCCGUGAUCUUGAUAGGGUGUAUAUAGUGUACAGUGAAGGACUAGUUCUAUUUUGUCAGGGGCAAACGGCAAAUAUUAACGCAGGAACCAGGUACAGUUUCAUAGGAUCGAGAUAUGGAGCGGAUUGGGAUACGGAGGGAUAUGCCUUACCUACCCUGGUCGACCUAACUGGAUUCGCAGACGAGGAUACGGCAUUGAUAGAAGAAAUACUGCGUCUGAUAUUUUACGGCAAAAUAAAAGAGGAAUCUAAUAUCAACGAAAUAUUCAGUUUCGCAAAGGAUUGGGGUAUAGAAGCCUUGCAAACGAAGUAUGCUCUCACUCAAACAUCAGAUGAAAGGAAAAUUGACCGGGCUAUCUUUGUUGCCUCAGCCAUAGAAGAAAUUCCAAAAAAUUUGAUACGAUGUUUCCUGAAGGCUGCACAACCAAAAGGGAGGAAUUAUACACGUGCAAUUCCAGUGUUUGGUAUCCUGACGCAUGCAGAUUUAGCUUCUCAACAAAUUAGGAAAUUUGAAAAUCUAGAAGGAAACUUCAUUAGAGCCCUGGUAAUGAUUGGCUUCAAAACCAGAUAUAUGAAAUGCUCAAAUUAUUGCGACGAUGUCGACCCAGAGCUAACACGGAUGGAAGUGUCUUUGCCAGAACUUGACAUCCCUGUCCUGAAAUUCAUGGUCGAAGUUUGUGAUGCAAGCUAUGACAUUUCGAUUUCGAAUCAGACGUAUACCCAGGCGAUUUUUGCCCAGAUCGCAGGUCCGUUGACAUCUACACGGAACAUCAGCUGCAUCUGGAUAUUUAUAUGUUUUGUUUUGAUUACCAUCGUAAUAAUGAUGGUGUCCAGCGCGAUGGUUAUAUUGUCAGUAAUGUGAACAUCCAUUAAUCACUUAAGGUAACGUUGUAUUCCAUCAAUUUAACUACUGGUUUUUCGUUGGUGUGCUCAAGACACUUGAUGUAAUUUACAUAUAUAUAUCUGAUGGCGUUUGUUUUGUCUAAGAUAACUUUGGGCUCGCAAAAUGUGUGCAUCCUUGAAGGACGAAAGAUCAUAAAAACCGUAGAUAAAAUGAGUGAAUUUUUUUCUUGCUCAACUAAUCUGAAAAGGAAUAUAUACGAGACUUCAACCGGACAUGCUGUUCAGGUACUUUGAACUUACUGUGAACCUAUGAUUUUACUGUUUUGAUGACUUUGUUCAAAAGGGAGUAAUUUGAGCGUUUCAGUGUUUAAAAAAAGACAUUCUUUAAAAUAAGGAUAUUUUGCAUAUCAAAGUGAGCGAUAGGGCACUUUAACCCUUGUACUUAAAAAAUAUAUAUAUUGUUAUUUGUACAUGAUGAUAAUGUCAGUGUUCAGACAAAAUUAGGGACCAACGUACCCAAUACAGGAGGCUAGGCUAACAUUGAAAUUAAUUUCAAAAUACGAUUUUUGACUUUUUUUUUUAUAAAGUGUAGGAUAUUAUGCUUUUUAAAACUAUGGUCUUGUUUCCGUAAUUACCACAUUUUUAAUCCACUGAAAUCAGUUAAUAACAUGUUUCAUAAUA